UUCUAGCGCUUCUCAGAGUCACUGUUGUUUUAUUGAGAUCCUGAUCAAACCGAAAGCGUUUAAUCACACUCAGAGAAAGUGUUCACCCCGCUGCUGCACCUGGACUUCACCUCACCACACAUUUAUCCACAGAGAGAAGGAGAGAAUAAUCAGCGGAAAGCAGCGCGAAAUGUCCAAAUUCAAGAUAAGCGGAGAGAACGGCCUGAAGGUUGACAACUUCCGUCAGGCACUGUAUCAACAGGCGGAAAGCCUUUUUUGUAAUCAUAUUCCUCUGAAGAUAUCUCAGCUGGACAACCUGCUUAAGGCUGAUGAAUUCAGUGUUUCUGACCUUUCCUCUCUGCACGCUCCACUGGACAUUCCCAUCCCAGACCCCCCUCCACCAGAGGAUGAGGAAAUGGAGACCGAUAAUGAAGAAGAGAAGAAGAAACCUCCUAAAUGUGGGUUCAUCAAAGGAAACGAGAAAAUCAUAAAGCUGCUGGAUAUUGUUAAGCCAGAAAUUACCAGUCUCAAGGAGACCAUCAUCACAGUCGCCUGCUGGAUUUCACAUCUAAUUCCCAAAAUAGAAGAUGGAAAUGAUUUUGGAGUCGCUGUUCAGGAGAAAAUCCUGGAGAGAAUCGCUGCUGUGAAGACUAAAGUGGAGGGCUUCCAGACCAACAUUAACAAAUAUUUCUCAGAGCGAGGUGAUGCAGUGGCUAAGGCCUCUAAAGAUACUCACGUGAUGGAUUACCGUGCACUAGUUCAUGAGAAGGACGAAGCUACCUACUCUGAAAUCAGAGUGAUCGUGCUAGAUAUCCGCGGAUUCUAUGCGGAGCUGUAUGAUAUCAUCAGUAAGAACCUGGAGAAAGUGACCAAUCCUAAAGGAGAAGAGAAGCCUUCCAUGUACUGAGGCUGAAAGACAAAUCAGGGUUUUCUGUAGUUUUGUUUCUUUUUAGGAAAUAGGCUUCCAGAUUUGCCUCUUCAUUUUAACCACAACAGCUGUAGUCUGUUUCUUAUUUCAGUCCAAACCAAUAAAUCAUCUCUGAUGCUGUACACUAAA